AUGCAUCUCGAGCAAGCUAUCGACUACGUUGGCGGCAACUACGGCCCGUCGACAGGCCAGCUUCUCAACAUCAUCUGCAGAAGCAUACUGCACUUUGCGGCCGUCGUGGCAUGUCUGGUGCCUAUGCAGCUCUUCUGCAGAAGCGGCGAGCUCGCUGGCGCGACCUUGGUCAUCUCCGGUGCCCUCAUGAACCUCUACCAUUUCACCAACACACUCACAUGGCACAACGACGACAUUGCGAAUUGGCCUCGGGGCUAUGGGUGGUGCGACAUCCAGCUUGCCUCUGCGGUACCGUUGGAGACCAUGGUAGCCGCCAGUACUUGUGCGAUCCUGCGCAAUGUGGCGAUCCAAAUCUCCUCGUUGCGGGCCACCACGCUCACGGGCAGCGAGAAGCGAAGGAAAAACCUCGCCCACGCCCUCAUCAUCUUCCCUGUCCCGUUGCUGGAAGGCAUCCUUUACUUCUUCGUCAUUAAGAUGAGGUACAACAUCUCGGGCAUCAUCGGAUGCCAGGCCAUCUUCCAGACCAACUGGGUGUUCGUGGUCUUCUUCCUCCUUCCAUGCCCAAUCUUCUCACUUUGCGCUGGUUAUUACGCAGUCAUCACAUGGUGGAGGUACAAGCAGAUUGACACCGAGUCUCGAGAGAGUCUGUGGAACUCUAGUAACCCCGGCGCCCGGGCCCGAAACGCAAGGGCACGAAGAAAGCUCUACUUCAUGACCCUGACGAUACUCACACCGUGGCUCCCCAUGCAGCUGGUAUUCCUGUACAACAACAUCAGCGCGGGGAUGCCUUGGUCAGAGCCAUUCGACCUCCCAUCCGUCCACAGCGAUGGCUGGAACCAGAUCGACUACGCUCCGAUCUCGACAGUCCCGUGGAUCCACCUGUACGGGACAUACGCAUAUGCCUUCGAGGUCCUCAUCGUAUUUCUCUACUUCGGUCUGACGAAGGAUGCUCACGACCUGUACCGUGAAUACCUGCGAACCUUGGGCCUCGGCAAGAUCUUUCCAAAACUCAACGAGGAGUACUUCCCAUCCGAACAGCCUCCUUCAAGCCUGAGCAGCAUGUGGUCUCGGGCAAAGAGAGCGCCUACUUUCGCUUCGUCAACGCAGGCUUCGCAAAACUCCAGCGGCCGUUCAAGCAACAAGACCAGCAUCAGCGCUCGCCAGGUCAACGAGGUAGACGAUGUACAGCUCCUGAACAUCCGUCUGAAUAGCCUGGACCUCGAGGCGGCUCGCUCAACGACGGAUGCCGCACGUUCAUCCGAGCAGAUGCCGCGGCUUCCCAUACGAAACCCAUGGGUCUUCCGCACCACGGCUGCACCACAGUUCAACAUGAGCACAAUCUUUGGCGGGGAUAAGGGCAGGGCUGCGAGCAAGUCAAGCAGCCAGGGCUCUCUCAAGCCCGUCAUACACCCUCUCCACACCACCCAGGCGCCCUCGGCCAUGGGCAAGUACCGCCCUGGCCCGUCCUCGAGUGGUGCUCAUGGUGCGGGUUGGAACCCUGCUCAGAGGGAUGGGCGCGUGCACACAAGAGUAUGGGCGGUGGAUCCUUAUGGCACAUCAGCUGUGGCCGGUGAAAGCUCGGGUGACAAGGAGAUGGAUGAAGGCAUUGUGAGGAUUGAGAGGCAUAUUUCAAGCUCCAGUGAGGUAUCCCCUCCAAGGCCUGCUUACCGCUAG